AUGGAAGAAGAGUUAUUGAGCAGCAGAGAAAGAGAGAGAGUUUAUGGGGUUAGAGCCCAUAGUAUUGUUUUGGAGCCUAAAGAGCCUGAUGCAAUAACGCCUCAUGCUCUUUCUCUGAGUUAUCAUCCGGCCCAAGCAUGGUCUAAAGAAGCAGUAAUGGCUUUAUUAGAUGGAAAUAUGGUUGUAGUUGAGGUGCCAGAGGAUCCAGAACAGAUAGUGGGCGAUCCAGAAUCAUUACAGGUGCUAAAGAGAGUAGCCAGGACUGUGUCCAGCCAUUUGGCAGAGGGAGAGGCACGAUUGAAGGCAGAGCAAGCAUGCUUCUUGCCAUGCACUGAUGAUAGUAUUCCUGUUAUUGGGGAGAUUCCAGGGGUGAGGGGUUGUUAUGUUGCCACUGGGCACAAUUGCUGGGGUAUUUUAAAUGGUCCUGCCACUGGGGCUGCAAUGGCUGAGCUUAUAGUAGAUGGGCAAUCUAGCAUUGUUGAUCUCACUCGGUUUAGUCCUGCCAGAUUUAGUAGGCGUAGUAGAAAGGGCUAG